AGUUCCUGCAUACAGAAAAUGCAAGGCUUGAAUGAAAUCCAACGAGCCCGUGAAGACCAAAUUGGUAAACCCCGUUUAAGCAAAGGGAAGAAGCUGGGCUCGCGACGUUACGUAUUCGCCAUUUUGAAUCACCGUGUGCAAAGAAGCCCACCUAAGCUGCACCGGCGUUAUCCGAAUAAAAUUUUAAAUACCUCUAAAACGGCGGAUCUGCUUCUUGCGCCAAGUUUAAAUUUGCAUGAUGUCCGAAGACAUGGCCACGGAUCAGGUGAACGGGAACGGAACGGAGGAGCCGAUGGACACCACGUUAACAGCGACUCGCUCCGAGCAUUUCCAAGCUCUGCUGGAAGCUGGUUUAGCUCAGAAGGUGGCCGAGAAGCUCGAUAACCUUUAUGUAGCAGGCCUGGUAGCACACAGUGACCUUGAUGAGAGAGCUAUUGAAGCUUUGAAAGAAUUCAAUGAAGAAGCUGCGCUGCAAGUGCUGGUCCAGUUUAAAGAGAGCGACCUGUCACAUGUACAAAAUAAAAGUGCCUUUCUUUGUGGGGUGAUGAAGACUUACAGGCAACGAGAGAAACAAGGGACUAAAGUUUCUCGUACUUCCAAAGGACCAGACGAGGCUAAAAUCAAAGAGCUCCUGGACAGAACCAAAUACACACUUGAUGUUACAACGGGUCAGCGAAAGUACGGCGGACCGCCGCCAGAGUCUGUGUACUCGGGUCCCCAGCCGACUGUAGGAACUGAGAUCUUUGUUGGGAAGAUUCCCAGGGACUUGUUUGAAGAUGAGCUGGUUCCUCUCUUUGAGAAAGCUGGAUCUAUCUGGGACCUCAGGCUCAUGAUGGACCCCCUGAGCAGCCUUAACAGGGGUUAUGCUUUUGUUACCUUCUGUGCUAAAGAAGCAGCACAAGAGGCGGUCAAACUGUGUAAUAACUACGAGAUCCGCCCUGGAAAACACAUCGGAGCGUGUAUAUCCGUCGCCAACAACCGACUGUUCGUUGGCUCCAUUCCCAAAAGUAAAACAAAGGAGCAGAUUGUGGAAGAGUUUUCUAAAGUCACAGACGGCCUGAACGACGUCAUUCUGUACCAUCAGCCUGAUGACAAGAAGAAGAACCGAGGCUUUUGCUUCCUGGAGUUUGAAGACCAUAAAACCGCCGCUCAGGCGCGGCGCAGGCUGAUGAGCGGGAAGGUCAAGGUCUGGGGCAUCCUGGUGACGGUGGAGUGGGCCGACCCCAUCGAGGAUCCUGACCCAGAGGUCAUGGCUAAGGUGAAGGUUUUAUUCGUGAGGAAUCUGGCCAACAGCGUGACGGAGGAAAUUCUUGAGAAGGCCUUCAGCGCGUUUGGAAAACUGGAGCGAGUGAAGAAGCUGAAAGACUACGCCUUCGUUCACUUUGAGGAGAGAGAAGGUGCAGUGAAGGCUUUGGAUGAAAUGAACGGAAAAGAACUGGAGGGAGAGCCAAUCGAAAUCGUCUUUGCCAAACCGCCGGAUCAGAAAAGGAAAGAGCGCAAAGCCCAGAGGCAGGCAGCCAAAACGCAAAUGUAUGAUGAUUACUACUAUUACCCUCCCACUCCCCACGCGCCCCCCACAAGAGGGCGGGGCCGAGGAGGCAACCGGGGUGGAUACGGCUACCCCUCCGACUACUACAGCUACGAGGACUACUAUGACUACUACGGCUACGAUUACCACAACUACCGCGGCGGCUACGAAGACCCCUAUUACGGCUACGAAGACUUCCAGUCCCCGAGCCGAGGGCGCGGCGGCGGCAGCAGGGGCGCCCGGGGCGGGACCUCACCGGCUCGAGGCCGUGGCAGCACCGGUGCGCCGAGGGGCAGGCCCGGCUUCCCGCCGCACGGAGGGCCCGGACCGAGCCGCGGAGGGCGGGGAGCGAGAGGAGGCGUGCAACCCAGAGGGCGAGGAGGGGUACGUGGUGCUCGGGGUGGCCGCGGUGGAAAUGUAGGAGGAAAGCGCAAAGCUGAUGGGUACAACCAGCCAGAUUCCAAGCGUCGCCAGACCAAUAAUCAGAACUGGGGCUCUCAACCCAUUGCUCAGCAGCCGCUCCAAGGUGGUGAUCAUGCUGGUAACUAUUCUGGUUACAAAUCUGACAACCAGGAGUUUUAUCAGGAUUCUUUUGGGCAACAGUGGAAGUAAAGCAGUAGAGCUUUCUUUCAUAAAAGGAAAGAAUUGAUCAUUUUUGCCUCUUUUUUGUUUUUAUUUAGAGACUUGAUCUGAUUGGCCCUCGAUUCCAUUUUGUUGCCAGCUUUAUUUUUGUGUUUUUGUUUUGUUUUUCUCUCAAAAAUUCGUGACAUCUGGCAGGAUUUUCUUAUGUACAUAUUUUAUCAAUUCGCUUGGACUCGAUCGAGUCUCACCUGCUUCCGGCGAACUGCAUUUUUCCCAUUUGUUGGUUCUGUUUUUUUAAUGGUGGUCGUAAAAAAAAAGAAAAAAAAAUCAAACUUUUUCCAACAUUUUUAGAUGCGAAAUGUGCUGAAGCUGUCUAUUUGGCUAUAGCUUAUGUAUGUUUUAUAGAAAUUCUGAUUUUAAUGUUUUAACUAGUUUAAAAAAAGAAAAAAGCUACCAAGCUUCUGUCUCCUAAACAUGUAUUUAAUAAGAGUGAAAUUACAAUUUGUAUUGUAAAAGUAAUGCGUGUCUUGUUAUUGAAAAGAAAAAAAAAAGGACAACCGUAGUCCUCAUUUUUUGGCUUUACAUUUUGGCUUGUAUUCUUUGCUGUUUGUCUGCUUUAAUAAACAUACACGCACACGUGUACAAAAACUUCAAA